AUGUCCCGGCGUUCCUCGCGGCAGCUGCGGUUGGCCGCAGCCAAUCAGCGCGGGGCCGGCGGGGCGGGGCCGGGCGGCGGGGGAGGCUGUUUAAAGUGGCGUUGCGGGAUGGCGGAGCCGGCGGACUAUCCCCCGUUCCAGCUGGGGAAGCCCCGCUUCGAGCAGAGCUCAUUUUAUGGCAGAUUCAGGCACUUCCUGGACAUCAUCGACCCCCGCACUCUCUUUGUGACUGAGAGCCGCCUGCAGGAAGCGGUGCAGCUGCUGGAGGACUACAAGCACGGCACUCUGCCCCCCGGAGUCACCAACAAACAGCUGUGGGGAGCUCAAAAAAUCAAACAGGCCAUCAUCCACCCCGACACCAACGAGACCAUCUUCAUGCCCUUCCGAAUGUCAGGUUACAUCCCCUUUGGAACCCCCAUCGUUGUUGGUCUCCUCCUGCCCAACCAGACUCUGGCCUCCACUGUGUUUUGGCAGUGGUUGAACCAGAGCCACAACGCCUGUGUGAACUAUGCAAACCGCAACGCGAGCAAGCCUUCUCCGACAUCCAAGUUCAUCCAGGGCUACUUGGGAGCUGUCAUAAGUGCUGUCUCAAUAGCAGUGGGCCUUAAUGUUCUGAUCCAGAGAGCAAACAAGUUUACCCCGGCCACUCGGCUGCUGAUCCAGAGGUUUGUGCCAUUCCCCGCCGUCGCCAGUGCCAACAUCUGCAACGUGGUCCUGAUGAGGCACACGGAGCUGGAGGAAGGAAUCGAUGUGCUGGACACUAACGGGAACAUCGUCGGCUCUUCCCGAGUUGCUGCCAAACACGCCCUGCUGGAAACAGCCCUGACCAGAGUGGUCCUGCCCAUGCCUAUACUGGUUCUACCUCCCAUCAUCAUGUCCGUGCUGGAGAAGACGUGGCUCCUGAGGUGCCGGCCCCGGAUGCUGCUCCCGGUGCAGAGCCUCGUGUGCCUGGCUGCCUUUGGGCUGGCCCUGCCCCUGGCCAUCAGCCUCUUCCCGCAGAUGUCCGAGGAUCCCUGGCAGCCAGCCUAGACCUAUCUCUCUCCCCGCACUCUCCGGAGCACAUUCCUUUCUACACCUUUUCCCGAGCUGGGAUAGAAAUGAGUAUCAACCCCAAACAAAAAGCAUCUGCUUCCUGCC